CCUCCCUCUCGCUCAACAUACUACAGAGAGAAAAGCGCUUGCCGAGCGCUAAAUCCUGUCACUGUAUAGACAUGAACCGAGCUCAGCGAGCAAUAAUCAAAUCAAUGAUUUGUAUUCUUCGCGAUUAACAAUUAGUUUUUCUUUAUCGCUCAAAGGUGCUACAGUUUCCCGUCCCAACCGUCCUGUCUCCGUUCAGAAAUCGUUCAAUCGUUUGCGCUGGAUCUGUCGUGCCAGAAGAUGUGCGUGGAAAGCGAUGGAUGUGAAAUCGAGGGGUGCAGCAGUUCCGAUGAGGUGCACACACUGUCUGGAAGCAUGAGUCCGACUCUUAAAUCCAGUCCAGACCUGCAUCCCUGCAAACCUGGGCAGAAAUUCCGUGCCGCAUUACUCCGAUGCCGGUCUCCGAUCGUUGCCGCCGGGAUUCUGAGUUUUGGAAAUGUGCUCAAUUACAUGGACAGAUACACCGUAGCAGGUGUCCUCCUUGAUAUACAGAAACACUUCGAGGUUGGUGACAGCGGAGCAGGCUUGUUGCAAACAGUUUUCAUCUGCAGUUUCAUGAUAGCCGCACCCAUUUUUGGUUACCUGGGGGACAGAUUCAACAGAAAGAUCAUCCUAAGCUGUGGAAUCUUCUUCUGGUCCUUUGUGACUCUGCUAAGCUCCUUUAUUACCAAAGAUUAUUAUUGGUUGUUAGUGCUGUCCAGAUGCUUGGUGGGUAUUGGAGAAUCAAGCUACUCAUCCAUCUCUCCAACCAUCAUUGGGGACCUGUUCACAAACAACAAAAGGACCGUAAUGCUCUCUGUCUUCUACUUGGCCAUCCCACUUGGAAGCGGUCUGGGCUACAUCCUGGGAUCCAUCGCUAAAGACGCUGGAGGGGACUGGUUCUGGGCUCUAAGGGUGUCUCCGAUGUUGGGGUUGACUGCUGGGACCCUCAUUCUCAUCUUUGUCCCUGAGCCAAAGAGAGGGAGUGCUGACCAUAUCGCUGGACGUAUAAGGACACGCACUUCCUGGCUUUGUGACAUGAAAGCUCUUGCCAAAAACCGCAGUUAUGUAUUUUCAUCUCUGGCAUCGGCGGCUGUGUCAUUCGCAACGGGGGCGUUUGGAAUCUGGAUCCCGCAGUACCUGGUCAGAGCUCAGGUGGUGCAGAAGACAGCAGUGAGCUGCACCUAUCAACCAUGCAGCAGCAAAGACAGUUUGAUAUUCGGAGCCAUCACCUGUGUGACGGGGCUGUUGGGAGUGGUGAUCGGUGCCGUGACCACACGGCUUUGCCGUCAGAAGACGGAGCGUGCCGACCCGCUGGUGUGUGCGGUCAGCAUGCUGGGCUCUGCUAUCUUCAUCUGCCUCAUCUUUGUUGUGGCCAAGAAGAGCAUUGUGGGAGCGUAUAUCUGCAUUUUCAUCGGAGAGACGCUGCUCUUUUUGAACUGGGCCAUUACAGCGGACAUUUUAAUGUAUGUUGUCAUACCGACCAGAAGAGCCACUGCUGUUGCCUUCCAGGGCUUCACCUCGCAUUUACUAGGGGAUGCUGGGAGCCCGUACCUCAUUGGCUUGAUAUCAGACUCGCUGCAGGAGACCUACGCUACAUCAGCGUUAUGGCAGUUCCUGAGCUUGGGCUAUGCACUCAUGCUCUGCCCCUUUGUCAUCGUUUUGGGGGGGAUGUUCUUCCUGGCCACCGCCCUUUUCUUCCUGGACGAUCGUGACAAAGCGGAGAAACAAGUAAACCAGCUUUCCAGACAGCCGUCCACAGUUAAGGUUACCAAAUGAGAUGGGGCUGCUGCAAUGGGAUGAAAAUAUGGGCAAGUGGAGGAAAAAAAACCAGAAGGAAUAAAACUAGCAGCUAACUCACUAUACGCACACUCAACUCACUCUCGGAUCACCAUAUCAUCUCUGCUUUUUCGUUUCAUGCUGUGAAGGCCGUUUUGAAUUCGAGUCGCACCUUGCUUGCCCUAGGAAACCUUCAGCUGGCAAGAGGUCAGCCAAUCAGCAGCUGGUGUGCAGCUAUUAAUGAUGUAUAUAAAGAGCCACUUGGGCUCCAAUGGGUGUUUGGAAGAGGGUGCGCUAGAGCGCUCAGUGCCAUACUACUGAACACAGCACGGACACAUGCUCCCGUCCUGUCACGCUGCCUGUCGAUCUGCACCAAGUGCCAUAGCAUCACAUUCCUAAUGGGGACCAGUACCAAUGAUGCUCACAGCCAAUAAGGGGCUCGCCAAAACGCCAAAACCCUGUAAAUACGGAACUGAAGGAAUCACUCACAUCACAACAAAUACCCAACAAAAACAAACUACCCGGUGAGCCCUGCCUUAAGAAAUCUGGCAGAGGCACAGGUCUGGUCCCCGGUCACUUUUCUUUGCUUAUUAUUAAAUGUAUUUUUCCAUUCUUUUUCUUAGCACUUACCAUUUUAAUGCAGUGCCAGUGAAAUCAUGCAGUCAUGCAUGACACCUGAGACCAUUGAAAUCGAUCAUUAUCUUUUCUCUUCUUGCUCUGACUGUGUUUUUACAAAUUAAACUGGAGGGACUUCAUAAACUAUAGCUGAAAGGGACACUGGAUUGUAAAUAUUAUCUUUUUGUAAUGAAGAAACAACAUGUAAAUGCUUUCAUACUGAACUUUACUGAACAGUCUGCCAGGAUGAAUCACGUAGUAUGUCCAAGAGGAAAGCAGAAAUACUGAAAAACGUAAGUGAACAUAGCCAAGGUUAUCGUCACUUGUUUCGAGUUUUCAGCGAGGAAUUCCUUCCGCAGUGCCGGGUUACCCACCCAGACAGGCAAACCUUCAUUUUAACUGCGGAUAAGAUUCACAGGCUCAAUCUAUAAGAAUGAAAGUCUUUGUAUGUUGGCUUACCUUGCUCAUUUGGUUUUACAUAUCCCUUUACUGGAAAAGAAGAAACAGAAAGGAUGAUAGUGUAUCGCAGCCAAGUUAAUUACCUACACUGCAAUCCAUCCGUUUUCAAAAAGGGAAUUUUAACUCAGAGGUUAAGCUAAGUCUGGAUUGUUUUUGCUUUUCUUUUCUUUUUUUUUGUGGAUUCUGUGAAUUUUAUGGAGUUUUUUUUUUUAACCUAAAAACAGAUAUUUGAAUAUGUUGCAUACACUAAGAAAAGCACUUUGCUUUUCACUGAAUAGUCAUGGAUGUGAAGAGAUAAAGUUGGAGGGUAAAACUGCAGAAAAUAUUCUUUUUCUGUCUUAUUGGCCUGUGUGGUUUCGCUUCAGAUUCUAGUUUGUAAUAUAUGCAAUUUAAAAGAAGAUUUCAUCAUUAACAAACGUGAAAGCUUUGACAGUGGCAAUAAUUUGUAUAUCUUCAUAUUUAGCAAGAUUUUCUCAGAGCACACACACUCACCACUGUCACUUUUGAGCAACCUGGCAUUACCAAAUGUGUCUGCGUCUGAAGCCGUUCAAAUGUAAAUCUGUUCUCAAAGAGAAGGCUUUUUCCCCAUCUUGAAAAAAGCACCUUGCCUAUAGAUGUGGAAAAAGCCGAUCUGUGUUUUGAAGGUCUGACUUAACGUAUCAUGUGAAAUUACCGUCCCUAUUUGCCAGUCAUAUCUUUUUAGCUUUCAUCAUGCCAGGUGAAAAGCCUUUGAAUGUGAUUCUGUCCAAUCCAAUGUGUUUACACAUGCCAAUUUAUCUUAAUGAAGCUUUUUAUUAUUAUUAUUAUUAUUCUUUUACAGAUGUUGUUUUCUUUCUUUUUACAAAUAUGAGUUUUAUAUAUAAACACUAUAAAGAUAAACUAUAUUAUGCAGCAAUUUUAAUAUAUUGUAAACUGCUUUGAUGCAAUGUAUUUAUUACGUUUUUGAUUUGUUUAUUUCCUAUCCUUGCUGAUAAGAUGGAAUAAGGCAAAAAUAAUGUCAUAGAUAUUAUGUACAGUUCCAUUUUUGUUUAAAAAAACGCCUCCUCAUCACCAUUUGAAGAAUCUCUCAGUUGUUCAUCUCAGAGAACUGUUUUCACAGGAGCCAAUUAUUUUACUGAUUCACACAGAGCAUGAUUUACACACAAAUGUACAUGUAUUGUGUAUCAACAUGUUUAUUAGACCAAUGAGCUGAUAUUUUACCUGAUUUAUUUUGCACAAGCAACUGGGUGUGUGAAUAAUGUGCUGAUCAGGGGGGUUUCUUUUACUGUCUAAUUCGAUAGUUCUACACUGGCAUUUUGUAAGUGCUAGCUUUGAGGGAUUAUUACCCAUUCACUGCCUGGCUACUAGCUUUUCAAAGUUAUUUUACGUGCUGUCAAUGAUUAUAUGACUAUUGUUUAUUUGUUUGUUGAAAGGCAACGCUCACGGUGAUCUUGAUCAGAUGAACGACUGGCUUAAUAUUUGUAAGGCCAAGUUCAUUUUAUUGACAAAACACUACUGCUAAUGAGCAGUUUUAUGAGAUCAUUUUAAUUGCUGAAUCGUGAGAGUUGAGUAUUUCAGAUUGCACAUUUUCUUGUCAUACAAGAAUUCUGUAAAGAUGAACCUAUUUCUGAUGUCAAGCAGAAAUUAAAAGGUGAUUUUAUUUUUUAGAGCAAGUGUGAUUAUAAAGAAAAGUAUCUAGGACGUUUACUGUGAUGCUCCCACAGGGAUAUACACCUAUAUGUAACUGAUCAAAAUAAACUUAUUUAAUCAAAACAGA